UGGUCCUGCGUGGGUAACUUCCCACCAAAAGCUGUCAUCAUUUGUGGACGGUGUUGCUCCUUUGCCAUGAAAUAGUUAUACGUUUCCCAAGGCAUGAAAUAAUCGACUGUUACUUAAACCACUGGUUUGUUUAGUCAAGUCUCCUCUUUUUCAAACUCCAAUCAUAGAAUCAGACACCUACUACCAAGAAUUUUCCACCAUCUGUUCAUUUCUAACUCUCAUUAAUUUCACUAUAUGCUUUCUUCUCUGUUUUUCUAUCUGUUUCUUGAUCAUCCACUCCAAAUGUAUCUCCUCCUCCAAAGCCACUUCAAAGGCAAAAUACCUUUCCAUGUAUGUAUUAUCACCAUCAUCUUCACAACCUUAGCCAAGCUAACUUCCUCUCUAGACCAAAGCUACGAGGCCUGCAAGCCUCAAACAUGUGGAAAUGGUCCGAAUAUAAGCUACCCCUUUUGGCUUUCUGAUCGACAAGAGUCCUUCUGUGGCUACCCGAGCUUCAAGAUCGCCUGCGAUGGAGAAAACCCAGUACUUAGUAUUUCCGACGAUGAUUAUAUCAUUAAAGAUAUCUUCUACUCAAACCAUUCAUUCGUGCUGGCCAACGCUGUUGUGUAUCAUGAUAAAUGUCCACUCCCUCUGCACAACUUUAGCCUUGAUCGAACACCUUUCAGUUGUAGUUCUUCUGAUCAUAUUGAUUUUUCCUUCUUCUACAAUUGCGACGAAGAGCCUAUAGAGUACAUGCAUCCAUAUCCAAUUAACUGUGCUAGCAAUGCUAGCCAUCAUUCAUUUGCUACUUUUCACAAGAAGGUAGUGGAGCACAUGAACUACCCAUUUGACUCAUGCCAGUCUCCGGUGAAUUUGCCUGUGGAUGUGGCUGUUGGUGUCGAGGCCUUGUGGCAAAUGAACUACACUGAAAUCUUGAAGAUGGGGUUUCUUUUGAAUUGGACUGCACAAAAUUGCAGCAAUUGUGAGAAGAGUAGCGGGCGCUGUGGAUUCAAAAACAAUGAAUUUUUCUGUUUUUGCAGCGACCGGCCUCAUUCCCAAACCUGUGACCAUGGUACUUCUGUAGAAACAUCACUAUUAGUAAUUCUUGAAAUUUUCAAAAAACAGCAGUGGAGGUUUCUUCUGUAGUAUUUGCAAGGUUUAUAAACCAUCAGCAUGAAUAGCUGGUUUAGAAAACGAACGAGAUCAGUUGGAUUAAUUAAAUGAUAUGAUGUUAUGUUUGAUUUUACCCCUAAA